GACCCUGGCCGCCAUUGUUUGAAUUUGAAAAGGGUGAUGACUCGGUGCUGGUCUCGGGUCGGGCUAGCAGGAUAACGUUUGCAGGUGGGGGCCCGAGGAAGGAAAAAGGGGACUGCGUACAUACCAGUUUAGGAAAAAGAGAGAAACAGCCUUGUAUUGAGUUUGGGGAUUUCAACGCUGAUCAAGGAAAAAGAUACCACCACAAGGUGGCAGUAACACACAAGGAUCUUUACCAGAAUGGAAUCUAAUUUAAAUCAAGAUGGGAUGUCUAGACCAUCUUAUGUUUUCAGUGCUGACCCGCUUGCAAGACCUUCAGAAAUAAAUUUUGAUGGCAUUAAGCUUGACCUCUCUCGUGAAUUUUCCUUAGUUGCUUCAGGCACUGAGGCAAACAGUUCUGAAUCUAAAGAUUAUCUCCAAGUUUGUCUUCGAGUAAGACCAUUCACACAGACAGAAAAAGAACAUGAGUCUGAGGGCUGUGUGUAUAUUCUGGAUUCACAGACUGUUCUGCUGAAGGAGCCUCAGUGUACCCUUGGUCGUUUAAGUGAGAAAAGCUCUGGGCAGAUGGCACAGAAAUUCAGUUUUUCCAAGGUUUUCGGCCCAGAAACUACACAGAAGGAAUUCUUCGAGGGUUGCAUUCUGCAGCCAGUUAAAGACCUCUUGAAAGGACAGAGUCGGCUGAUAUUUACUUAUGGGCUAACCAAUUCUGGAAAAACUUACACAUUUCAAGGCACAGAAGAAAAUACCGGCAUUCUUCCUCGAACUUUGAAUGUAUUAUUUGAUAGUCUUCAGGAAAGACUGUAUACAAAGAUGAACCUUAAACCACAUAGGUCCAGAGAAUACUUACGGUUAUCACCAGACCAAGAGAAAGAAGAAGUCGCUAGCAAAAGUGCAUUACUUCGACAAAUUAAAGAGGUUGUUAUGCAUAAUGACAGUUACGGUGCUCUUUAUGGAAGGAUAACAAACUCUUUGAGUAUCCCAGAGUUUGAAGAAUCCAUGAAAGAUUGUGAACACUCGAACUUGAACAUGGAUAUUAAUAGAAAAUUUUCUGUGUGGGUAUCUUUCUUUGAGAUUUACAACGAAUGUAUUUAUGAUUUGUUUGUUCCUGUAUCAUCUAAGUUCCAGAAGAGAAAGACACUGCGCCUUUCCCAAGAUGUAAAAGGCUAUUCUUUCAUAAAAGAUCUACAGUGGAUUCAAGUAUCUGAUGCCAAAGAAGCGUAUAGACUUUUAAAGCUAGGAACAAAGCACCAGAGUGUUGCUUUCACAAAACUGAACAAUGCUUCUAGUAGAAGUCACAGCAUAUUUACCAUUAGAAUAUUACAGAUUGAAGAUUCAGAAAUACCACAUGUUAUACGAGUCAGUGAAUUGUCUUUAUGUGAUCUUGCUGGCUCAGAACGAAGCAUGAGGACACAGAAUGAAGGUGAAAGGUUAAGAGAGACUGGGAACAUCAACUCUUCUUUAUUGACUCUGGGAAAGUGUAUCAGUGUUUUGAAGAACAGCGAAAAGUCAAAGUUUCAACAGCAUGUACCUUUCCGGGAAAGUAAAUUGACCCACUAUUUUCAAAGUUUUUUUAAUGGUAAAGGGAAGAUAUAUAUGAUUGUCAACAUCAGCCAGUGUUCUUUUGCCUAUGAUGAGACACUCAAUGUGUUGAAGUUCUCAGCCAUUGCACAAAAAGUUUGUGUUCCAGAUAUUUUAAAUUGCUCUCAAGAGAAAUCAUUUGGAUCUGUCAAAUCUCAAGAUGAAUCAUUAGAUAUUAAUAAUUCAGAUAAUAAAAUACUAAAUGAAAAAAGGUCCACGAUUUCAUGGGAAAGUAGCCUAGAAGAUGUGGUGGAAGAUGAAGAUUUGGUUGAGGAUCUAGAAGAAGCUGAAGAAAAGCAGAAUGUGGAAACUGAAUUUACUAAUGAAGAUCUAGAUAAUACAUUAGAGGAUGAUAAGGCUUUCAGUAGCCAUGAGGGGAAGAGAAAACUUUUGGAUUUAAUAGAAAAUUUGAAAAAAAAACUAAUAAAUGAAAGAAAGGAAAAGUUAACGUUGGAAUUUAAAAUUCGUGAAGAAGUUACACAGGAAUUUACUCAGUAUUUGGCCCAACGAGAAGCUGACUUUAAGGAAACUCUCCUUCAGGAACGAGAAAUUUUAGAAGAAAAUGCUGAAUGUCGUUUGGCUAUUUUCAAGGAUUUGAUUGGUAAAUGUGAUGCUCAAGAAGAAUCAAAGAAUGAAGAUCAUGCCCUGAAGGAUGAAACUGAAGAAGGACAUAAUUAUGUAGGAAUUGAAGAUAUUAUUGAUUCUCUUCAAGAUGAUGUCACUGGUAUUAAGAAACAGGCUGAAAUUGCUCACUUAUAUAUUGCAUCUCUUGCUGACCCCCAGGAAGCUAUUGGUUGUUUAGAAAUAAAGUUUAAUCAAGUUAAAGCUGAAUUAGCUAAAACCAAAGAAGAAUUAAUCAAAACCCAAGAAGAGUUAAAAAAGAGAGAAAGUGAAUCAGAAAUUAAUUUAAAUUCAUUGGUUCAAGAGCUUGAGAAAUCUAAUAAGAAAAUAAUUAUGCAGAAUCAAAGAAUUCAAGAGUUAAUGGAUAAAAUUGACCAAAAAGAGGAUACUAUUAUGGAAAACACAUGUAAAGGCAGUGACAAUGUUGGUAAUUCUUCUUUAAUAAUAAACAAUAAAUUGGUUUGUAAUGAAAUGACUGAAAUGUCUAAGGACAGCAAAACUAAAACGUAUUCAGGAAGAAAAAGAUUAAAUGAAACUGAACUUCAACAAGAUGAACCACCAGCAAAGAAAGGACUUACACAUGCUAGUCCAACUAUCACUGAAGACCAAAAGAAAAGUGAAGAAACGCAAGAGAGCAUUUCAGAUGAGGAAAACAUUAGAGUUCUACAAGAAAAUAACGAAGAGCUAAAAACACGUUUACUCACCAUUGAGAAUGAACUUAAAAAUGAAAAGGAAGAAAAAACAGAAUUAAAUAAACAGAUUGUUAGUUUGCAGCAGGAACUUUCUUCUUCUGAAAAAAAAUGUUUAGGCUUUAGUAUAGAGGUCCAACAAAUUCAGUCGAGUUAUGACAAUGUGAUUUCUGAAUUACAUGUGCAGAAAAGUAUAAAUCAAGAACAGAAGGAAAGGAUCAUGAAAUUGUCAGAGGAGAUAGAAACUGCUAGAAGAAACAUCACAAAUAAUGUUUCCCAAAUAAAAUUAAUGCAGGCAAAAAUAGAUGAACUGCGUAGACUUGAUUCAGUCUCUCAGAUUGCAAGCAUAGAUUUACUCAAUUUCAGGGAUUUUUCCAGUUGUUCUCAAGAAGGUAAUUUGCCGAAUACACAGUUACGUCAUUUGGAUAAUGAUUAUUUGAUAAGUAAGCAGGUUAAAGAACAUGGUAUUCAAGAACUUAGUAGGGAAAGGUCUUUCCAUUCUACUGUUGAAGCCAUUUGGGAAGAAUGUAAAGAGAUUGUAAAGACUUCCUCCCAAAAAACCCAUCAGAUUGAGGAACUAGAAAAACAAAUUGAAAAAUUACAGGCAGAAGUAAAAGACUAUACAAAUGAAAACAACAGACUAAAAAUAGAGGAGAGGGAGAAAAAGAAUCAAGAUGAUUUACUAAAAGAAAAAGAUAAUCUUAUACAGCAGCUGAAGAAAGAAGUACAAGAAAAAACCAUUAGUCUUGAUAUUGAAGUACAGCAUGUAGUGGAAGGAAAGAGAGCACUUUUAGAACUUACGCAAGAUGUUACUUCCUAUAAGGAGAAAAUAAAGGAACUUGAAGCAAUGUUAGAAACUCAGAAAGAUGAAUGUAGCCAUUCAGCCAAGUUAGAACAAGAAAUUAUGGAAAAGGAAUCUGUCAUUUUAAAGCAAGAAAGAAAUCUGAAUGAAUGUCAAGCAAAUCUUAAAGAUUCUAUCCAAAAUGCCAGAGAUUUAAGUGAAAGGGAAGUCAAAUUGAAAGAAGAAAUCAUGCAAUUAACAAAAAAUUUGCAAGAUGCUAAGCAUUCACUUCAAUUAAAGGAAGAAGAAAAGGAAACAAACUGGCAAGAAACAGAAAAGUUGAAAGAGGAGCUCUCUGCAAGCACUGCUCUUGUCCAGAAUCUGAAAGCUGAUCUUCAGAGGAAGGAAGAAGAUUAUGCUGAGCUCAAAGAGAAACUGGCCGAUGCCAAAAAGCAGAUUGAGCAAGUACAGAAAGAGGUCUCUGUAAUGCGUGAUGAGGAGAAAUUAUUGAGGAUUAAAAUUAAUGAACUGGAGAAAAAGAAAAACCAGUGUUCUCAGGAAAUAGAUAUGAAACAGCGAACCAUUCAGCAACUUAAGGAGCAGUUAAAUAAUCAAAAGGUGGAAGAAGCUAUGCAACAGUAUGAGAGAGUGUGCAAAGAUCUGAGUGUUAAAGAAAAAAUAAUCAAAGACAUGCAGAUGACCCUGGAAGAACAAGAGCAAACUCAGGUAGAACAAGAUCAAGUGCUUGAGGCUAAAUUAGAGGAAACCGAAAGACUGGCCAGAGAAUUGGAAGAAUGGAAGGAAAAAUGCAAAGAUUUGGAAGCCAAACACAGUCAAAGUUCAAAUAAAGAAUUUGAGGAUAACACAGAUGUACUUAAUAUAAAACUCACUAAGCUUCAAGAUGAGUUACAGGAAUCUGAACAGAAACAUGAAGCUGAAAGAAAAAAAUGGUUAGAAGAAAAAAUGAUGCUUAUCACUCAAGCGAAAGAAGCUGAGAGUCUACGAAACAAGGAGAUGAAAAAAUACGCUGAAGACAGAGAGCAUUGUUUGAAGCAACAAAAUGCAGUGGAAAUACUUAAAGGACAGUUGGCUGAGAAAGAUGGUAACCUCCAGCAGUGGCGGGAAGAACGCGAUCAGCUGGUUGCAGCUUUAGAAAUACAGCUGAAAGCACUGAUCUCCAGUAAUGCACAGAAAGAUAAUGAAAUCGAACAGUUAAGGAAGGUCACAUCAGAGGCUUCUAAGACAGAAAAACAGACCAUGGAUAUCCAGCCCACACAAAUGAGUUCAACGGAUCCUGGCAAGGUUGGAACUGAACCUCAGUCAACAAGUUUUGAAAUUUCCAGAGGUGAAGUAGAGGAUGGAUCUGUAGUCCUUGACUCUUGUGAAGUGUCAACAGAAAAUAAUCAAAGCACUCGAUUUCCAAAACCUGAGUUAGAGAUUCAAUUUACACCUUUACAGCCAAACAGAAUGGCAGUGAAACACCCAGGUUGUACCUCACCAGUGACGGUUAAGAUUCCCAAGGCCCGAAAGAGGAAAAGUCAUGAAAUGGAAGAGGACUUUGUGAAAUUUGAAAAUAAGAAGAAUGCUACACCAACAAUUAAUUUGAAGUCCCCUGUUUCUGGGCAUAGAAAUUCGUCUGUCAAAAAGGAACAAAAGGUUUCCAUGCGCCCAUCAUCUAAGAAAACUUACUCUUUACGAAGUCACGCAUCCACAAGUGAUGUAAAUGGGCCUGCUAAGAAAAAAGAAGGAACGCUACAGAAAUUUGGAGACUUCUUACAGCAUUCUCCAAUUAUUCUUCAAUCAAAAGCAAAGAAGAUAAUUGAAACGAUGAGCUCUUCAAAGUUCUCAAAUGUAGAAGUAAGUAAAGAUAAUGUGUCUCGACCAAAACGGGCCAAACGAAAAUUAUACACAAAUGAAAUUUCGUCUCCUAUUGAUAUAUCUGGCCAAGUGAUUUUGAUGGACCAUAAAGUGAAAGAAAGCGAUCAUCAGAUUCUCAAACGAAGACUUCGAACCAAAACAAUCAAAUAAAUCACUUAUGGAGAGUAUUUUAAUAUAAAUUUUAUAUUCAUAAUCAUUGUAACUUGUAUUGUGACUUUUUAAAGAUAAUUGUAUAUACUGUGUUGCAUCAGAUCCCUUUGUAUAUACAUUGUUAUUUUGUAUUGGUAUAAUUUUAAUUCAAUAAAGAAAACAUGUCAA